UGCAUAAUAUUGGACUUCUUCCAAUUUCACAGUAACGUCUCACAAAAUUCUUCUUUUUUUUCUUCCAUGAUUGAGUAAAAGAUUUUUGUUUCUUAUAAAAUCAAUGUCAGGGACCCGCUUCCCACUAUCCUCCUAUCAUGUACCAAACCCAAAUUUCUCUCGUUUUUUUAUAGAUUCAAUUUGAUCCCCCUUUCUUCUCUACAAUCCUUUUUACAGUUUUAAAAGAUACCGAUCUUAAUUUCCUUUUGAUUUUCAAUGGCGGGUAUGCUAGCUGGUGUUGAAUGUGCUCGAAGAAGACGGUUCCAUCAAAGCGGUGGUUCAUCUGAUUCGGUUCUUGGGUUCACGAGGAGACCCUCUUUUUGUUUGUAUACAAGCAACCAUGAAUCCCUUCAUAGCUCUGUUUUUUCUCAGCAGAGGAGGGUACUAAUUGAAGGGUAUGAAGAUGAUGAUGAGAAGCUUGGUGAAGUAGCAAGAGAAGCUAAGGAAAGAUUAGAUGAAAGGUUGAGAUCUCAAAGAAAAUCAGAACCCAAAAGGCAAAAUAGCAAAGAAACUAUGAACCACAUGCAGGGAAAAUGUUUGAUUCAAGGGGAGUUACAUAGAGAAGUGUUCGGAUCAAAGAGGAGGUUGGGUUGGGUGAAUUUGAGCUGCAAGGCAUUGGAGCAUGAUGAGUGUCUGAUUUGCUUAGAAAGGUUCAAGGCUGGUGAGACCCUGGUUCGACCCCCAUGUGCCCAUCGGUUCCAUUCUAGGUGCUUGGUCCCAUGGCUAGAGAAUAAUGGCCAUUGCCCUUGUUGUAGGUUGGGAAUUUUAUCCUAGACUUAAAUUAUUGGGUCCUUUUUCCUUUAUUUCAUAUCAAUUUUCUUGUUUUAUUUGGGUACAUUACCGAGAAAUUGGUGUGGUUUUAGGGUUUGUAAUGUAGCUUACUCAUGAAUCAAGAAAUGGUUAUUUCCAAUUUAAAAAGGUUAAAUUUUGCUAUUA